GUAUUUGUAAAGAUAAAGCAGUCAUCAGGUAUUUGUUGCUGAUGCAGUCUCGUGAGAGUCAUCGUGAAGGAUCAUGCACAUCGUGAGAUUUGUCGUGAAGGAUCACCUACCCCGUGAGAGUUGUUGUGAAGGAUCACCUACAUAUAUGAACUAUCUUGUGUGUUUAAAUAUAAGCUUUUAUCGGUCAAGCCCGGGCAUCUUUUGCUUUUUAUCGGGAACAGAGCUUAUUUACUCACGAUAUCUCCGUUGAGAAUGCGCCGUGCUUUCUGCAUCGGCCUGCAAGAAUCUGUACAAUCGAAGCCGGACAUGACAAUGUGGUUUCAUGCAAUUGACUCUCCAAGACGGUGGCGAUCGAUGGCCCCGCUCGAUCACGCAUUUCACAAAGCGGCCUUAUCUAGUCUACAUCAGACAGAAGAUCUUGUCCGGAAAUUGACGAGCUGGAUCCAUGGUAUGACCCGGUUGUUUCGCCAAUUAAGAUGUCAGAGUAUCUCACUGGAAGUGACUCAAGACACUUAUACCUCUUCGUCCACGUGGAGAGCUGCGAUCUUUACAAAAGUUCGGAACUCUAGAAUGGCAUUUAUGACUCAAAGCGCCUGCCUGAUCUUAUGCGCGCUGUUCUAUCCGAUGUGCUCAGGAAACAGCCGAGCCUAAUGUAGGGACCACAAGCCUCAGCUUCAUAGCACA